GCUGGGCGAAACGCUCUGGAUACUUGUGCUUCAAGGCGUAAGCGAAGCCAUGGAACUUUCCCAGGCUCUCUUUUUGGUCUCACCACUUAAAUCCGAUCACAAGAAUGCUUCAAGGUGCAAAAAUAGGCCGACAUCUGGCCAAGAUCAGCGGUUUCCGUUACUAUUCAACAACGGAGGUGACCGGCAGUCUGAAGUCCUCCUACUUGAAGGGGCAUGUGCGUUUGGACCCUGUCAACGUGCCGCCAAAAUCAUACUACGGCGGCAUCCACACAGUCACCCUAUACACAGGCAGCUCGAUCAUUGGCCAGCAGGGCGCCAAGUUCGUCAGCUCGCUACUCCAGAGCAGUAGGGUGCCUGUGGAUGUGCAGCCUAUUGGCGCGGACCAGGAGGAUGAGUAUUAUAAAUCGGUGCUUCGGAAUAGGGCUGCAGUUCAUGUGGAUAUCCAUGCGGAUGAAAAAUCCAAGGCGAGAUCCCUGAAGAUCUGUCACGAUCUGGAUCUGUAUGUGUUCAAGACGCGGACGCGCACCUUUCCUGGAUAUAAGGGUCGGUACCCUUGCGUCGACAUCCAAAUGAUCGGGCAGAACAACAUGGGCAACUACUCGGAGCUGGAGUACUCACCGGUGAACGGCGUAGUGGAGGCCCUAUCCGUCGUCACCCAGGCGGCUAACCGGAAGUACUUGGAGCACGCUUUUGCGGCAGCGGCGGCAGCUGGCAGAAGGCGAGUCACACUGGUCAACAAGGCCAAGGAGUGGCCUUUGAACGACGGAGCCAUGGUGGAGGAUGCCAAGGAGAUCCACAGUAAGUACGAGGAUCUAGAGCUAGAGCUGAUGGAGGUGGAGGAGUGCAUCAGCCGGCUUGUCACAAACCCCGCCUACUUCGACUGCCUGUUUGCCAGCGAUCGCUAUGCCACCUUCCUCUCGACCAUCUGCAGCGGGGUCUGCGGCGGAGCAAAUCUCUUCAGUGCCGUGGAGAUCGGUGACAAUCAUGCCGUCUUCAAGCCCCUGCAAACGAAGCUAUCGCUGACCAACUACUCGAAUCUCAGUGCCUACGGGAUCAUAUCCACCAUUGCGGAUCUCUUGGAAUACCUGGGCCACCAGCAUUGCUCCGAGGGAUUGUGGGCCCAGAUGCAACGCACCAUGGACGAGGGCAUUCGCACCGUAGAGUUCGGGGGCAAGGACUCUGAUGAGUUUGUCAUUUGCAACAUCAACAACCAGCUGAAGUGUGUGGGAUUGGGAGGAAACAAGGACAGCGGGGAAUCCGAGUAGCGCCUUGAGGCUUCACUUCUAAAUUAUUGUUAACCCGUUUCGGUGAUAUUAUUUAUUUAAAACUCAGUAAAUUCCUCUAUUCUGAAA